GUAUGUGUUGAUCUGUUAAUACAUUAUAAUUAAGUUAUUUUUGAAUGAAUUUUAUAAUAUUUUAAACAUUUUUAAUUACGUUAUCGGCCAAAUGAAAUAUUUCGAUCGUAUUCUAACAAUCGGGUGACGUACGAUAUGGAUUCAUUGUUCUGUCAAAUUAAUAAAACGAUUGUUACAAGUUGCCUAAUCAGUUAAACCAAAUAAUGUCCAAGUUCAUCAUUCAUGGGAAAUUUGGAAAAACUUAUCAAAAAUUGAGUGAUUCGAAAACAUGGAAUGACAAAAAGGAUUUGCAAGUGCUUCAAGAAAACCAUUUCAAAGAAUUCUUGACAGUCCAGCGUCAUCCAAGUCUCACAUACUUCAAGGCGGUAGGAAUGAAAGCAGAAGUGAAUUCAGCCACAGCAUUUCUUACACGUUUGAUUACCAAAUUAAAUAGCAAAUUAAACAUCAAACAAAUUAUGCAAUUCAAAAAACAUUUACACGGCAUCUUGACCAUCAAAUUUGCACAACAUUGGUACGAAGACAAACCUUGGAAGGGUCAAGCCUAUCGCUGUAUUCGUAUUAAUCAGUUAUAUCGAAAUGAUCCGGUAUUGUGCGAAGCUGCCCUAUUAGCCGGCAUAGAAUAUAAAGAAUUAAAAUUACCUUUAGAGUUUACGGUGUGGAUAGAUCCGAAAGAAGUUUGUUGCAGAUUUGGAGAAUCUCGAGGCUCCAUAUUUACCAUUGCUUCUUUCACAGAAGAGAGAAAGCAUCGUACUGAUCCCAGUUGGAGUCUGUUAAAACAGGUCGAGGAUGUUGGAUUCGAAGAAAUCAUAGAUAAAAGACACAAAAACUUUUGCCAAAACAAAUCGAGACGUCAUGGAAGAUAAUGCUUCCACGGCCAUUCUUGGCAUUCAACAAACAUAAAAUUUCAGAAAUUCUAUCAUCUUUAAGAGACAAAUCCAUAUUUUACGUCACUCAUUGUUAUUUAUUAUUUUCUCACUCAAUUAAGAAAGGCUGAUUAAUUUUUUUUAAAUAUUUAAUUAUGCUAAUUUUAAAUGUGCUCGUCUAGAAAAC